AUGGCAGAGAAGCGACCGUCGUCUCCCGACCCCUCGCUGGUGGACCUGCCCUCCCCUGACGAGCAGGGCUUUCAGAUGGUACAGAAGAAACGAAAGAAAGCUUUGAAGACCAUCAUCAACGUCCCUGGGCCUUCGACACCAUCUCAAACUUCGACCCCUUGCAAACUCCUACCUCCACACUGCCCAAGUUCAAGCUUGAAACAUGAAACUGACGUUUGCCUCCAGAAAUUCAAAUCAAAGGGCCACACUGUUGCCCGAUGCCCCACUGUCACAGUCUCACCAUGGCCAUGGUUCAGAGGAUGCCCUGUCAGCUGGAGAAGAUUCUGGAGGAUAAAGGGCAUAACUCCACCACCUGCAAGACCUCAAGAUCGCCAGCCGCCCCCAAGACGACCUCCAAGCCAACCAACAAGGAUUGAUCCUACCAUGGGACCAACCCCUACCUCCUCCAAUCCACCACAAACUCCUCAUCCUUUAACCAAAAAACCACCCUUCGCAUCGCCGACGACGUCGACUCCUGCUCGUGUUGAAGCAGGAACUCAGACAGAACAACCAGAACAACCAGUUGAAGAUAUGCAGGUCGAGACAAUCACAGAAGCUCCCGCUUUGUAUGCCGAAGCUGGAACACAAACAGAGGAGUUCCCAGUUAAGCAAGACAUGGAAAUCCAGACCUGCAAACCGAAACUCAGAUCAGUCGCCUCUGGAAGUGAAUUCCGGUUCGUAGGAGAACAAGGAAUUCACAAGCUCCUGAUGACCUACGACGAAUUCAAAAUCUUCAUUCACAGAGUUCUACUCAACAACCAUUACUACAACGACCGACUGUUUACAGAGAUCUUCCAGGAAGCCCUCAACUUUGAGAUCUCCCUCCCAGAUGAUUUCCUCCAAUCUGAAUUUCGAUUCAGAACUCCUCGAAGGCAAUAA